AUUUCCCACCGCCUUAUGCUUCGCCUUUGCAGCCUCCGGCGGCCGAGGCACCGCAGCGGCAUGAUCAAGUGCCUUCUCCGGCACCCGGUCCAGCCCCCCUGCCAGCGUCACCAACGGUGGCCUCCCCAGAUUCCACCCUCGAGGGUCCCCUGCUGCCACCGGGCAGCGGACCAGCACAGCGGACUAGGAGCCGGCGCCAGCCGGAUGAAGGACCGGUGGCCACUGCUCUGCCGUUACGCCCUUACGGGCCUAUGGUGGAGGAUGGGAACAGGGGGGAGAUGCCGGCCCUCCAGUACUGGCCAUUUUCCUCUUCUGAUCUGUAUAAUUGGAAAAAUAAUAACCCUCCUUUCUCUGAAGACCCCACUCGGUUAACAGGUCUCGUGGAGUCCCUUAUGUUUUCUCAUCAGCCAACCUGGGAUGAUUGUCAACAACUUCUGGGGACCCUCUUCACUACAGAGGAAAGAGACCGGAUCCUGUUAGAAGCUCGGAAGAACGUUCCAGGGCAAGACGGGCGUCCGACACAGCUACAGAAUGUUAUUGAUGACACCUUCCCAUUGGCUCGCCCCGACUGGGACCCUAAUACUCCGGAAGAGAGGUUAAUGGAAGCCUAUCGGAGGUUUACCCCCUUCGAUCCGAAGUCGGAGGGCCAGAAGGCUUCAGUAGCCAUGGCUUUCAUUGGCCAAUCUGCUGCAGACAUAAGGCGGAAACUGCAACGCCUUGAUGGGCUGCAGGACCUCACCCUUAGAGACUUAGUUAAAGAAGCAGAUAAAGUUUUUCAUAAGAGAGAAACGGAGGAGGAGAAAGAGGAACCACCACUGGGGCCGCUGUCAACUAAGCGGUCCCUGGUAAGGGGUGCCAACGGCAGCCGAUACCGAGCCUGGACCACCAAAAGAACUCUAGACUUAGGAAGAGGAAAGGUCCAUCACUCCUUCCUGGUGAUACCUGACUGCCCAGCUCCCCUUAUGGGGAGAGAUCUGCUUACCAAAUUAAAAGCCCGCAUCACCUUCAACCCCGAAGGCCCAGAGUAGACUCUGACAAUGUCUAUGGAGGAUGAAUACCGCCUGUAUGACUCCCCGGUAAAGGAACAGGAUGUAACAAGGUGGCUAGACGAGUAUCCGGAUGCCUGGGCGGAGAAGGCCGGAUUAGGGCUGGCGAGAAAUCAACCUCCGGUAGUGGUUGCCUUAAAAGCUUCUGCAGUUCCAAUUCGGGUGAGGCAGUAUCCCAUGAGCAAGGAGGCUCAGGAAGGAAUCAGGCCGCAUAUUCUAAAGCUACUGCAGGGAGGCGUCCUGAAGCCCUGCCAAUCAGCUUGGAACACACCACUCCUUCCCGUCAAGAAACCGGGGACCGGGGAUUAUCGGCCGGUGCAAGAUCUACGAGAGGUUAAUAAUAGGGUACAGGACAUACACCCCACUGUCCCUAACCCUUACAAUCUUCUGAGUUCCCUUCCACCUGACAGGAGCUGGUACACUGUACUGGAUUUAAAAGAUGCCUUUUUCUGCCUACAACUCUGUGAAAGCAGUCAACCACUAUUCGCCUUUGAAUGGGCCGACCCGGAGGCUGGCCUUGCAGGGCAACUGACCUGGACCAGGCUGCCCCAAGGGUUUAAGAACUCCCCCACGAUCUUCGAUGAGGCCCUCCAUCAGGACCUGGGCACCUUCAGAACCCAGCACCCGGAGGUAACCCUGCUCCAGUAUGUAGACGACCUGCUGCUGGCCGCGCCGUCUCAGGAGGAAUGUGAGUACGGGACUCGCUCCUUACUGCAGGAGCUCGCUCGGCUGGGGUAUAGGGCAUCAGCUAAGAAGGCCCAACUCUGCAGACAGGAAGUUACUUUCCUGGGGUAUACUCUCCGGGGAGGAAAACGCUGGUUAACUGAGGCGCGGAAAAAGACUGUUGUGCAGAUCCCCAUACCAACUUCCAGAAAACAACUCCGAGAGUUCUUGGGGACAGCUGGGUUCUGUAGACUGUGGAUUCCGGGAUUUGCUUCGCUAGCUGCCCCGCUGUACCCACUCCUGAAGGGGGAUGCGGAAUUUAUUUGGGGGACGGAACAGCAGCAAGCCUUUGAUGAUAUAAAAAGAGCCCUGCUAUCAGCCCCGGCAUUGGCGCUUCCUGAUGUCGAAAAGCCCUUCACCCUUUACAUGGAGGAGCGAGGGGGAGUGGCUCGAGGGGUUUUAACUCAGACCUUGGGGCCCUGGAAAAGACCUGUAGCCUAUCUAUCCAAACGUUUGGACUCAGUAGCUGGGGGCUGGCCCCGCUGUCUAAAAGCUAUAGCUGCCGCCGCUUUACUAGCCAAAGAUGCGGAUAAACUGACUCUGGGACAAAAACUAACUAUUGUGGCUCCUCAUAUGCUGGAAAGUAUCAUUAGGCAGCCCCCAGACCGGUGGCUCUCGAAUGCUCGCAUCACACACUAUCAGAGCAUUCUGUUAGACAAGGACCGAGUGACCUUCGGACCUCCAGUUACUUUAAACCCUGCCACUCUACUUCCGGAUGAGGCUGCAGACCCGGUCCUACACUCCUGCCAGGAUAUCCUGGCAGAAGAAGCAGGAAUCCGUCGUGAUCUGAAGGACUUUCCACUGCCUGAUUCAGAGGUGACCUGGUUCACGGACGGCAGCAGCUUCCUGCAGGAUGGUAAGAGAUGCGCAGGGGCGGCGGUAGUUAGCAAGGACAAGGUUGUAUGGUCUGCGGGGCUACCAGAAGGGACCUCCGCCCAGAAAGCGGAAAUAAUUGCCCUCACAAAAGCCUUAGAACUGGCUAAGGGGAGGAAGGCUACCAUUUAUACGGACAGCCGUUAUGCCUUUGCCACGGCUCAUGUACAUGGGGCCAUAUACCAGCAAAGGGGGCUGUUAACCUCAGCUGGAAAGGACAUCAAAAACAAGGCCGAAAUCCUUAGACUACUAGCAGCUGUCCUACUGCCUACCAAAUUAGCCAUUGUUUAUUGCCCCGGCCAUCAAAAGGGGUCGGACCCUGUAGCCACAGGAAACCGGCGGGCAGACAAAGAAGCAAAGGCAGCAGCUCUUAAAGGGGCAGAGGUCCCAGCACUAGUGAACAAGGCUCCUAAGGAAGACACGACACCCGAGGCUACAGGGAAUAAGAAACAACAGGCGGCCUCCUACUUGCAGCAUGUACAUCAGCUCACUCAUUUGGGGGCCAGGAAGAUGCAAGAGCUGCUGAAAGAGCAACCUUUUUCUCUGACUGCUAUGGAAAACAAAAGGUUGACAGAACAAGUAGCUAAGAAUUGUCGGGCCUGCCAGGUUGUAAAUGCACAUCCAUCCCAAACAUCAGAGGGAAAGAGGCUCAGAGGAAACAGGCCUGGCCAAUUCUGGGAAGUGGACUUUACUGAAAUCAAACCAGCUAAGUAUGGGUUAAGAUUUCUCUUAGUUUUUGUAGAUACUUUCUCAGGAUGGGUAGAGGCCUACCCCACCCGAAGGGAAACAGCGCAAGUGGUGGUAAAGAAAAUUAUGGAAGAACUCUUUCCUCGAUUCGGACUGCCCCAGGUAAUUGGGUCAGAUAAUGGACCUGCUUUCGUGGCCCAGGUAAGUCAGGGAGUGGCCAAGGUGUUGGGGAUUAAUUGGAAAUUACAUUGUGCCUAUCGUCCCCAAAGUUCAGGGCAGGUAGAAAGGGAUGAAGAACCAUUAAAGGAGACCUUAACUAAAUUGACCUUAGAGACUGGCGUUCAGGAUUGGACCUUGCUCCUACCUUAUGCCCCGUUCCGUGCCCGGAACACUCCCUCACCCUCUAUGUAUAAUCUCACCCCUUUUGAAAUUUUGUAUGGAACCCCCACUCCGGUCUCGAAAGUAUCACCCACCAUAGACAAAGACUCAUUACCUUAUACUCCUUUACUUGCCAGGUUAAAGGCUCUAGAGGGGAUCCAGCAAUUUGUCUGGAAACCAUUGGCCUCUGCUUAUCAGCCAGGAGACCUUAAAGUACCCCACUCCUUUCACGUUGGAGACUCAGUGUUCGUGAGGAGGCACCAGACCCACAGCUUGGAGCCCCGGUGGAAAGGACCCUACAUAGUGCUGCUGACCACCCCGACCGCAGUAAAAGUAGAUGGCAUCACUUCUUGGAUCCAUGCCUCUCAUCUCAAGCCUGCACCGCCACCGGGACCGGAAUGGACAAUGGAAAAGACUGACAACCCCCUUAAGCUUCGUUUUCGCCGUGUGGAUAAACACCUGUCUAUCCAAUCUAAUAGCGAGUAAUCCCCAUGCCCCUGUAACCUUAACCUGGGAAGUCCUCAACCCAACAGGGCAAGUAGUCUGGUCAACCAAAGGUGUCCAUACUCCGGGUAGCUGGUGGCCUACCUUAUCUCCAGACAUAUGCCAGCUAGCCCUUGGCCUAGACACAUGGGAUAUACCGGAGAUUGAGGACCCCAACAAAAUUCCAUCAGCAACCGGGGGGCGUCACUUACUCUACUAUGGAUGGUUCCCUGACGAUCACGCACCGGGAUGUCUAAAUAGUGGCAAGCGUACCUCCCUGGGCCGCCUCACCUUUUAUGUUUGUCCAAAAGAUGAUCGUAGUCGAAGUAAGAUGCGGAGCUGUGGUGGGCCUGAAUCCCUAUAUUGCGCAGCAUGGGGGUGUGAAACCACGGGGUCAGCUUAUUGGACCACCCGAUCCAGUUCAGACUGGAUAACUGUCCACUGGAGCAACAAAAGGGGGGAAUGUGAAACAGAAGCUUUGUGUAAUGGAUUAAAUAUCUCCUUAACAGAACGAGGCAGAGGGGCGGACAAGCUCUCCCACUGGUAUAAGGGAAGGACAUGGGGGCUUAGGUUUUAUGCCUCCGGAUAUGACUUUGGUCUCUGGUUUACUAUCAAACUACGACAAGAGACCACACCAGUCCCAGUGGGGCCCAAUCCAGCUGUCCGUCCGGUCUCCCCACUCCGGCCCCACUACUUGGCGGGGCCAGUAACAGAAUCUCCCCAGGUUACCAACCCUGUUCGGACUCCGAGUAGUGGGGCUCCUACCCUGAGAAGCCCAAGUGGUAGGCUCCCCCUAUUUAACCUUGUAAGUGGGGCCUACACUGCUCUUAAUGCAACCCAAAGUGAUUUGACUCGAUCCUGCUGGCUCUGCCUCUCGGCAACACCCCCUUAUUACGAGGGGACUGCAGUAAACGGAACUUAUACCCUGACCACAAGCUCUGCCUGCAAUUGGGGAGGAGAUCACAAGCUAACCCUCCCUGAGGUUUCUGGCAAAGGACUCUGCAUAGGUACCCCCCCACUGGGCCACCAGCAACUCUGUGCCAGAACUGUCUUUAUAAACUUCACAGCUGGGUAUCUGGCUCCAGAGGCAGGAACUUGGUGGGCCUGCAGUACUGGUCUGACCCCUUGUAUUUCCACUGCUGUAUUCAAUGGUUCUCAUCAUUUCUGUGUUAUGGUCCGUUUGUUUCCUCGGGUACUAUAUCAUGAUGCAAGUUCGUUCGAGGAGAUGGUGGGGGAGCGUGUCACCCGCUUCAAGAGGGAACCAGUGUCUCUCACUAUAGCAGUCCUCCUAGGAGUUGGAACAGCAGUAGGGAUAGGGACUGGAACUACUGCCCUUAUCCAGGGGUCGAGCCAUAUGCAUCAGCUCCAGGCUGCUAUAGAUCAGGAUUUAAAGGAAUUAGAAACCUCUAUAACUGCCCUUAAGGACUCCCUCACAUCGCUCUCAGAGGUAGUCCUGCAAAACAGACGUGGUCUCGACCUCCUGUUUAUGCAGGAAGGAGGGCUCUGCGCAGCCCUCAGGGAAGAGUGUUGUUUUUAUGCCGAUCAUACAGGGGUAGUAGAGGAGUCCAUGACCAAACUUCGGCAGCGGCUGGCCGAGCGACAAAAGGAAAGGGAGGCGCAGAAAAGUUGGUUUGAAUCUUGGUUUACACAGUCGCCAUGGUUAACAACCCUGUUGUCAGCAAUCGCAGGACCGCUCAUAAUCCUGCUGUUAAUCCUCUCUAUAGGACCCUGUAUUAUAAAUAAAAUUCUGGAAUUCAUACAACAGAGGGUAGGGGACAUUAAACUCCUUAUUAUCAGGCAACAAUACUCAGCCUCAGUUGGGCCAGAAGGUCUCUAAGAUUAGAAACCGUCCACAGAAAAAGGGGGGAAAUGAGAGGUGCCAAUAUAAUCAGGUCAGAAAAGGGCAGAUGGAACAAACGGCACCAGGGCAAUCAGGAAGGUCAGAAGGGGCAGACAGAACAAACAACUUUUAUGGGAGACAGCUGCAGCAGGGAGGUUACGGGAGAUGGCCGCAGCCCGGGAGAAAACUGAAAAACUAGCAACUUGAUAAGAAACUAGACAGGCAUUAAUUCACAACGGCGCCAAGAUUCCCAGAAGAGUGACCCCCUUGCUUCCCCCGUUUGCUUCCCCCAUUUGCUUCCCCCGUUUGCUAGAGGGGUAUAUAACCUGUGCUUAAACUCUUAGUCGGGGCUGGCAGCCGCGUCAGCCCUGGC